GUGCUAUCACUCUAGCAACUUACUUACAACCUCCGCCUCCAGGAAAAACCUAUCUCGACUCAGAAACCCCCCCCCCCCCCCCCCGAGAAUCACACAUCUACAACCCCCGAACUACAACCCCGUUACAACCAUAGCAACACCACCACCGAAGAAAAGCAUAAUAAACGGCAAAAUGGCCAACACGUCCCCGCAACGUCAUCGCCCUACUCUCAUCACCCCCUCCUGUUCCUCCACAUUCCCACAGGACAUCUCCGCCGCCAUCCUCUCCGCCGCCAACCACAUCCCCAAGUCCAUCGCCGUCGAGUCCGCAGCCCGCACGGCCAACGCUGCCGGGCCAGCAACCCCAACGACGAGUACAGGGCUCCUGGAGGUGCCCAUGCCGCCGCCUCCACCCCCUCCGUCGCCGGUCGAGACGAGAGCGCUAUGGAGCCGGUGAUUGUUAGAAGAGAAGCAGUGGGCAAUCGCUGUGUCUUCCCUCUCGCCCUAUUGCAAGAACUCGGUUUAAGCUUGGUGCUGAACCUUCUACUUGGACCCAGCUACAAUAUCCAUGGGGGGAGGGCAGGGGGAGUUACGUUCCAACCGUGCGGACU